GCCUCUCCUCCUCGGCAACUACUCUGUACAAAGCUUUGUUAACCCGGGGAGCUAAUCCCGAGAUUUCCACGAUCCAACGGUGACGAUUCCUCCGGCUCACCUUACGGUUGGUUUUUGAAGCCACAUUGGCCGUUACGUGCACUCGCGUCCUUCGUACUAAACUCUUGCGUUUCAUCCAUGGAGGAUGCUCGGGUGAAGCAAGAAAUCGUAGAAUUUGCGCAAGCUUUGCAGCCAAAUCGAAACGACGACGUUUCGAAAUCGGUUCCUCUGAUUGAACUCAGUAGCAGCGAUUCGUCCGAUUCCAGCGACUCCUCCGAUUCCGACGAUAAUGACGCAACCGUUUCCGGUCGCAAGAGAUUUAGGGUUUCUAGCGGUCUCGAAGGAGUUCUGUCGAAAAAGAAGAAGUUGGAUGGAUUAGGAAUUGUUUUGCCGCUCGGAUUUCUUGAUCCUCUGCCGCCCGAGGAACCGCCGGCGCUGGUGCCGACGGCGGUGACCUCGCCGACAGCAGUUGCCCAGCGGUCAUCUACUGCGAAUAGGAAUUUGGUUGAGCAAAGCUGCAAGCUAUUUUGGAAAGCUGGAGAGUAUGAAGGAGCUCCGGGUGGCGAUUUCGAUUCAUCCGCUGGUAAUUCGUGUGGCUUGGAUCAUGUCAGGGUUCACCCCAAGUUCCUACACUCCAAUGCCACCAGUCAUAAAUGGGCUCUUGGAGCUUUUGCAGAGCUUUUGGACAAUUCACUGGAUGAGAUCUGCAACGGAGCCACAUAUGUUAAUGUAGAUAUGCUUGAAAAUAAGAAAGAUGGGAACAGAAUGUUGCUGAUUGAAGAUAAUGGAGGUGGGAUGGAUCCAGAGAAAAUGCGACAAUGCAUGUCUCUUGGGUAUUCUGCAAAAAGCAAAAUAGCAAACACCAUUGGUCAAUAUGGAAAUGGUUUUAAGACGAGUACCAUGAGGCUUGGAGCAGAUGUUAUUGUGUUCUCACGUUGUUGUGGAAAGGAUGGAAAAAGCCCCACACAGAGCAUUGGAUUGCUGUCUUACACAUUUUUGAGGAGCACAGGGAAGGAAGAUAUUGUAGUUCCCAUGAUUGACUAUGAGAAAGGAGGGCGGGAAUGGAACAAGAUGAUAAGAUCAUCUGCCAGUGAUUGGAAUAAGAACGUGGAAACAAUAAUGCAGUGGUCUCCAUUUUCAAGUGAAUUGGAUCUUCUUCGACAGUUCAAUUUUAUAAAAGAACAUGGUACACGUAUAAUCAUAUACAACCUUUGGGAGGAUGACCCUGGGCAGUUGGAGCUUGAUUUUGACACUGAUCCCAAAGAUAUUCAAAUUAGAGGUGUCAACCGAGAUGAGAAGAAUAUCCAAAUGGCAAAACAGUUUCCAAACUCCAGGCACUUUUUGACUUACCGACAUUCAUUAAGGAGUUAUGCAUCAAUUUUGUAUCUUAGACUUCCACCUGGCUUCAGAAUUAUUCUUCGUGGGAAAGAUGUUGAGCACCACAAUGUAGUAAAUGAUAUGAUGAUGACACAGGAGGUUACAUACCGACCACAACCUAGUGCUGAUGGGGUCCCUAAGGAUUUGAAUAUGGUUGCUGUUGUGACUAUUGGAUUCGUGAAGGAUGCAAAGCACCAUAUUGAUGUUCAAGGAUUUAAUGUCUAUCACAAGAAUCGACUUAUUAAGCCCUUUUGGAGGCUUUGGAAUGCUGCAGGAAGUGAUGGCCGAGGAGUAAUAGGCGUAUUGGAGGCUAAUUUUGUUGAACCAGCUCAUGAUAAGCAGGGGUUUGAGCGUACAAUAGUUCUUUCAAGGCUUGAGACACGAUUGCUACAAAUGCAAAAGACAUACUGGACCACAUAUUGUCAUAAAAUUGGCUAUGCUCCUCGGCGUAACAAGAAAUUAAUCAAUGAAUCUGCUAGAGAAACAUCUCCUGAUUAUCUUCCCCAAACAUCUUCACAACCUAAAAAGAAGGUUGGUGCCUCAAGUGGCAAGACUCCACUUUCAAAUUUAGACAAGCGUGCUUCACACUCAAAUCAUAAGCAGGGAGGGAGAGAAUUGGAAAGAACUCCAGAAACAGUUUACCAGAGUCAUGGAAAUGGACAUGCAUCCAGUAAGCAGGAAAAGAGAACACAUAUGCCCACAAGACCUAGAAAAGAGCAAAGUUCUUUGGUGCCAUCAUCACCUUCUGCAGAGGAUGUUGAUGAUGAUGAUGUGCCAGCUGUUCUACCUGCGAGAGAAGCAAAUGGUAGAGUUCAUAAGGCAUCACAUGCUAAUAAUUCUUUUGGAAAAGACGGGCAUCAAAUCUCUACACGUUCACAGUCAAAGGGAGAUGAUGUUAAUGGAAACUCCAAUUCCCUUGCAUUAGAACAGUUGAGAGAAGAAAAUCGUGAGCUAAAGGAAAGAUUAAAGAGAAAGGAGGGUGAUACAGUAGUUGCCUGGCAGGGUGAUUUGGAGAAAGAAAGAGAGAAGUGUAAAUUACUUGAAACCGAGCUCCAGGAGGCAAGACAGAAAAUUGAGGACAUGAACAAAGAGCAGGACAGUCUAAUUGAUAUAUUCUCAGAGGAGAGGGACCGACGAGACAUAGAGGAGGAAAACCUGAGAAAGAAAUUAAGGGAAGCAUCUAAUACCAUCCAAGAGUUGCUUGAGAGGGUGAGGGUGCUGGAGAAGAUGAAGACCCCUAACGGCAAAUCAGAACGUCGCUAAAGGCUUCAUCUGCAAGAGAGACUUCUAAACUGUUCCUGGAUAUUGUCCAUGGUCAUGGUUUCCCUCAUAUCAGGCGUGUUUUUGGCUUCUCUAACAUAUGGAUUUUAGUAUGGGUGCAGAAUUUAGGAAAGCAGCAGCAGCAUCAUUCUUUAAAUGGUUUACUAACCUAGCUUUUGGUAUGGUGCCUUCCCCCAACUGCUUACUCCCUGUUAAUAUAUUUAGGAAAAUGGAUUGAAAGGAAAAGUUUUUGAUCUUGUCUUUUUUUGGGGGGUUGGGUCUGAUGCCAAAUUUUGAAUCAGAAUGAUGCAUACUGCAGUAUAUAUAUGCAUAAUUUGUUAUUUACGUUGAUCUGUAACUAAACUAGUGCUUAGCUGCUUCUUUUGUUGGUGUGAAUACAAAGGUUCAUUUCAUUCUUUUA